UCAACAGUACAUGAUGUAGACCGAGCAAUGGUGAAGAUACAACAAACUGAAACAGCGAUAAUAAGUAAUAUAAACAAGUUGGAAAGUAAAGCAAACCAAGUAGGUAAAUUGAUUAAUGAAAUGGAAGUUAGACAAAUAAUGAAUGAACAAACUGAGGAAUUAAAUGUUUUGUUAACACAACAUUCAUUCCAAACUCACAAUCUAGUAGCAAUAGUAAAUACAGCACAAGUAGGUCAUAUGCAUUCUAGCAUUAUUUCGGCGACAGAUUUUUUAGCAGAGUUACAACAAGUGAGAAUACAAUUAGAUUCGAGAGAGAACUUCGCUGAACAAGUCACAAUACAGAAUGUACAUAAGUUAAUGAAAAUGAGUAACUUACAAGUAAUAAGAGUAGCAGAUACAUUGAUAUUCAUAAUAGCCAUUCCGAUAGUCGAUACAAGGGAAUACCGCCUAUACAAAUCAAUACCAUUGCCUAUAAAACAGAAAAAGUCAGUAUAUGCGUUAAUUCAACCAACGAAUAAAUACUUGGCCAUGUCAGAGGAUAAUGUGUAUUCAAUAUACAUAGAUGACAUAGAGUUAAGCAAAUGCAUACAUAUGCAAGAAUAUUAUAUUUGUUCGAACACUCAGACGCACUAUAUUCAAGAAACGGACAAUUGUGAAGCGAAAAUGCGAAAUUAUUUAGUAGUCAGGAUAAAGAUGUAAUUCCAAAAGCAUGUGAAA